GAUCACAAAUCAAACCAACCUAACAUCUGAAAACCAACCAAACUCCAGACACAUCUCUCUUCACCGCUGACACCUCCAUAGACUCACAUACCCAAAACAUUUAUUAUAUAUAUAAAAAAUAAAACAAAAUAAAUUCCUACAAAAAGAGAAUUAAAAAAAAAAAAACCUUAAAAUUUCCCCCAAAAUACCAAAACAACAAAAAAUUACACACCCUGCAGAUGCUAUGAAGAGAAAUCAUAGUUCCCACCACCAAGAACGGAAAUGGGUCAUACCCACCACAAUCACAAUAACCGUUCUCUUCAUCACUCUCCUCCUCACACUUUCGGUUACCCACACCAAACCAUAUUCAAAUUCUCCCAAUUUUACCCCUUUCCAUGUUGACCAUUCGGGUUCCGACGACGGCGAAACGGGUCUUCCUACCUUGCCAAGGUUUGCCUACCUCCUCACGGGAAGCAAAGGGGACGCGCCGAGGCUCAGGAGAGUCCUUCAGGCAGUGUACCACCCUAGGAACUACUACCUGGUCCACCUCGAUCUAGAAGCUUCCGAUGCGGAGAGGCUUGAGCUCGCGAAGUAUGUGAAGUCAGAGAGUGUUAUGAGGGUGUUUGCGAACGUUAUGGUUGUUGGGAGAGCUGAUUUGGUCACAUACAAGGGCCCAACCAUGAUUGCUUCUACCCUUCAUGGCGUUGCGCUGUUGCUCAAGAAGGUCAAGGACUGGGAUUGGUUCAUCAAUCUCAGUGCCUAUGAUUAUCCUCUCAUGUCUCAGGAUGAUCUCUUGCAUAUCUUCUCAUUCAUACCCAGGGAUCUAAACUUCAUAGAGCACACUAGUAAUAUGGGUUGGAAAGAGUAUCAGAGAGCAAAGCCUAUAAUCAUAGAUCCAGGGUUGUAUCAUUCUAAAAAAUCUGGUCUCUUUUAUGCUAAAGAGAAAAGAUCAGUCCCAAAUUCAUUCAAGUUAUUCACAGGCUCUGAAUGGGUUAUCCUAACAAAAUCCUUUCUCGAGUUCUGUAUUCAUGGUUGGGAUAACCUUCCGCGCACUCUCCUUAUGUAUUAUACAAAUUUCUUUUCGUCCCACGAAGGCUACUUCCACACUGUCAUGUGCAAUCACAAGGACUACCAGAACACCACCGUGAAUCAUGAUUUGCAUUAUUUAAAGUGGGACAACCCGCCGAAGCAGGAUCCAAUGUUUUUGACGCUGGUGCAUUUUGACAACAUGGUCCAAAGUGGUGCACCUUUUGCUAGAAAGUUUAACAAGGAUGAUCCAGUUCUCGAUAAAAUCGAUAAGGAACUCUUGAGAAGAAAAGAUGGCUACUUUACUCCCGGUGGUUGGUGCAUUGGCAGUGGGAAAGCUCCGUGUUCUGUUUAUGGAAAUCCAGUUGUAGUUAAACCAAGUAUAGGCUCAAAGAGGCUUGAGAAACUAGUGGUUAAGAUAUUGGAUUUGGAAAAUUUUAGGCCGAAACAGUGCAAGUAGUAUUCAAGAUACAUUGUCCAUCUGUAUAAUUUUGAUUAACAGCUGCUAUUGAAAGCCUUUUGAUAUAUAAAUUUUACUGGUUUUUGAAGUGGACUUAA